AUGGUCUUCUACGAGCCGGGUUCGACCAGCCACGGUCUGCCCCGAGAUCCAUUCAAGUCUUGCGUCACUCCACGACCAAUCGGCUGGAUAGCGACUCGCUCAAGAACAGGCGUGGACAAUCUCGCUCCAUAUUCACAAUUCAACAACCUCACUUUCGACCCUCCAUACGUCAUGUUCUCUUCAAACCAGACCUUUGACGGCAACCGCAAGGACACCGUGGUCAACGCUGAGAGUUCAGGAGAGUUCGUCUGGAAUAUGGCGACUUGGGACUUGCGGGAAGCGGUCAAUGCUUCGGCCGAGUAUUUAUCUCCGGACGUUGACGAGUUCGAGAAGAUCGGACUGGAGAAGGAGGAAGCUAGUCUCAUCAACGUUCCAAUGGUGAAAGCGUCGCCUAUCAAGUUCGAGUGCAAGUAUCACUCGACGAUACGACUGCCUGGUAAUCCGCCGAUGGGUACGGUCGACGUUGUUAUUGGGCGAGUGAUCGGUGUUCAUAUCGAUGAGAGGAUUUUGACGGAUGGGUUGGUUGACCUAGGGAAAGCUAUGCCGAUCGCGAGGUGUGGAUACUAUCAAUAUGCAGUGGUGAGGCCGGAGAGCUUAUUUGAGAUGGUGGUGCCUGGUGAUCCGAAGAUGUUGGUCGGGUUGGAGGGCAAUGCGAGUGGGAAUCGGGCGAUGGCAAAUGGGGAAGAGGCCGAAGUGGCGCCUUCAGAGACGAAUGGCAAGCAAUGA